UUUCAUUCUUCCCGUCCCAAUAAAAUGACACGAUAAGGACUUUUAUACAUUGGUAACAAUUUGACUGCCAGACACUGACAAUGAGGUGGAUGAUACUUCUUGCCUACUGCGCAUGCGCAGCGGAAGCAGCAGCAGGACCUAAUAGUGAUCGACCAGACAUCUACGGGCUCAUCAACAUUUUGUACCUGAAGGCGGAUGCAAACCUAGAUGGACACAUUACACAGACAGAGUUGUCGGACGUCUUCAAGGGAUUCGAUAAGAACGGUGACGGGACAGUGACAAACAGCGAGUUUGUAGAGCUCUGGAUGAUCCUGACCAGCCAGACUAAUGCUCUGGCCAACGCCUACUUCCAUCUCGGCGACCUUAACGACGACAAGGUCAUCGACCAACACGACUAUCCCAUCAUGUUUCAGAUAUUUGACCUUGACCACGAUGGAUCUGUUUCAUCCAAAGAAUUUGGGACGAAAUGGGAAGACAUUAUUCGCGAGACGCCUUUUGCGGUUUUGUUUGAGAGAGCGGACAAGAACCAGGAUGAGUUUCUUUCGCAUGGAGAGUUCCGAGGCUUCUUCGACUCAUUCGACAAAAACAAUGAUCACGCGGUUAGCAACGCGGAGUUCGACGAGGGUUGGCAACAUGCGGACUUUGCGCUACUUUCGGACUCACAUCAGCUGUUUGGUGACGUAGACAAGGACGGAAGUGGAGCCAUCGACUCACACGACAUGGACGCAUUAUUCUCCCAGUACGACACCAAUGGAGAUAACAAGAUCGCCCUUCAAGAGGUCAUUCAGUUGAAGAAUCUUCUUACACUCAGCCAAGGAGGAGGAGCGCCCGUCGGUUAAUCGAUCAAUGGUGGAGUGUGUCUACAGCGAUUUACGGCAAUUGAAUUUCAACUAAAAACGUAUAUUAAAAACAUUUAAAUAAAA